AAAUUUGUUUACAAAACACUAACCUGCAACAGAAAGGAGCGUGCUUGACAAUUUUUAUACAAUUUCGUGUGAUUUUUUGCUAAAAAUUUAAAAUUUUAUCGAUUGAAACCAAAAAACAAAAGCUGAGCUAAAAAUCGUCAUGGAACUCCCAAGUUUGAUGGAUUUGAACGACGAUUGUCUCGAAAUGGUUCUAAAAAAUUUCGAUCUGGAGGAUCUCCUUGAGAUUCGUGAUGUUUGUCCUCGUCUCGAUGCCGUAAUUAAUCGUUUUCGUCGCAAAUUUACGAAUUUCAACACUGUGGAACACAGAUUCAUCACAAAAGACAACAUCGCGAAGGUUCUUGAAUUUUUGGGUCCCACAAUGAAGUCCCUCGAAUGCAAACCCGUAUACCAAAUGAACAGAGUAGCUUUGCUUGCAUUCGUUGGCAUGUUUUGUACUACCUUAGAGAAGUUGGUUCUCAAUGGCUUUGGAGGUUAUUUAAACCCACUUUCGUCAUUUGAAAUAUUUCAACUAAUGACUCCUCGUUUGAAGUCCUUUACUAUAGAUUGUACGAUUUUAAGUUCCGAUUUUGAAGCUGAAAUUUUCGAUAAUGCUCCUAAUCUUGAGGAAUUCGUUUUAAAAUGUGGCGAGCAAAAUGACAUCAAGAAACUUUUCACAAAGCAAAUGAAUUUGAAAUCACUCAGUUUCAUAGAGUUUGAUUCGCUGAAGCCGAAAGUAUUAAAGGAAGCCCUCAAGUUCAACUUAAUUUUGGAAAAGUUGAUUCUUGCACCGAAUAACUGCUGCUCCCUUCACAACACUUUGAUCAAGUAUAUUUCGAAAAACUUGACAAAUCUCACCGAAUUAGCUUUUGUUGCUCACGAAAACUUGAAUUACGUGCCUUUUGCUGAUCUUCCAAAGUUGAAAAAGUUGACAGUUGAGAUCGAUAGUUGCUCAGAUUUUGACUCGGUCUUGAAGAAACUUUCAGAAAAGAACAUCAUCGAAGAAUUGCACAUCAUCCCAAACGAUUUUGACAUAAUAGUUUGCGGAAUGGAUUUUGAAUUAUUUGGAAAAUUGACCAACUUGAAGAAGUUUUCUUUGCAAAAUUACGAAAAAAUCUCCAAAUCCGAUCUCAAGGAAUUAGAAAAACUCUCAAAAUUGGAGUCUUUGUCAGUACGUGGUGCGGAAAAUCUUGCAUUUGAUGGUCUUUUGAAACUUGUUGCGAACAAUCCGAUGCUGAAAUCCUUAGAUGCAAGUCGUACUUACGUCGAAAUCAGUUUUUUAAAGCCGCUUCUUGAUGUUUUGAAGAAAUCUUCGGAUCGUCCCAAAUUAGAAUUCAGUGGUUUUUACAAAGAAGAUGAAGAAGAUUUGAAUGAAAUCCUGAAAGGAAAUUCAAAAUUUAUUAGUUUGAUACUUGAGGAAAUUUAGAGGUAAUGUCGAAAAGAUUACUUCAAAAAAAUCGAAAAUUUACAAAAAAAAAAAUUGUGUUUCUACCUUUUUUUUAAUAAAAUGAUUUUUUCAAAUCAUAAUUCAUC